UCAGAUCGGUAACGCCUGCUGGGAGCUGUACUGUCUGGAACACGGGAUCCAGCCGGACGGCCAGAUGCCGAGCGACAAGACCAUCGGCGGCGGGGACGACUCCUUCAACACGUUCUUCAGCGAGACCGGCGCCGGCAAGCACGUGCCCCGGGCCGUCUUCGUGGAUCUGGAGCCUACUGUAGUCGACGAGGUCCGUACCGGCACGUACCGUCAGUUGUUCCACCCCGAGCAGCUGAUUACGGGUAAGGAGGACGCCGCUAACAACUACGCCCGCGGCCACUACACCAUCGGCAAGGAGAUCGUGGAUCUGGUCCUGGACCGCAUCCGUAAGCUGGCUGACCAGUGCACCGGUCUGCAGGGUUUCCUCAUCUUCCACUCGUUCGGUGGCGGGACGGGGUCAGGGUUCACCUCCCUGCUCAUGGAGCGUCUGUCUGUGGACUACGGCAAGAAGUCCAAGCUCGAGUUCUCCAUCUACCCAGCCCCACAGGUGUCCACAGCAGUGGUGGAGCCCUACAACUCCAUCCUGACCACCCACACCACCCUGGAGCACUCCGACUGUGCCUUCAUGGUGGACAACGAGGCCAUCUACGACAUCUGCCGCCGGAACCUGGACAUCGAGCGCCCGACCUACACCAACCUGAACCGUCUGAUCGGCCAGAUCGUCUCCUCCAUCACCGCAUCCCUCCGCUUCGACGGUGCCCUGAACGUGGAUCUCACCGAGUUCCAGACCAACCUGGUGCCCUACCCGCGUAUCCACUUCCCCCUGGCCACCUACGCUCCAGUCAUCUCUGCAGAGAAGGCCUACCACGAGCAGCUGACGGUCGCUGAGAUCACCAACGCCUGCUUCGAGCCCGCCAACCAGAUGGUGAAGUGCGACCCUCGUCACGGGAAGUACAUGGCCUGCUGCCUGCUGUACCGCGGUGAUGUGGUGCCUAAAGAUGUCAACGCUGCCAUCGCCACCAUCAAGACCAAGCGCACCAUCCAGUUCGUCGACUGGUGCCCCACCGGCUUCAAGGUCGGCAUCAACUACCAGCCUCCCACCGUGGUGCCCGGCGGUGACCUGGCUAAGGUUCAGCGUGCCGUGUGCAUGCUGAGCAACACCACCGCCAUCGCUGAGGCCUGGGCCCGGCUGGACCACAAGUUCGACCUGAUGUACGCCAAGCGCGCCUUCGUGCACUGGUACGUGGGUGAGGGGAUGGAGGAGGGAGAGUUCUCCGAGGCACGCGAGGAUCUGGCUGCGCUGGAGAAGGACUACGAGGAGGUUGGCGUCGACUCCAUUGACGACCAAUGCGAGGAGGAGGGGGAGGAGUAUUAGAUACUGCAAAACCCUUCCAGAGCCCUCAUGCGACACAUAUAACACACAGUGUCACAUGAUUCUGCAA